UGAAUUGACACCCGUAGUCAUAAGGGUUCCGUAGUAUUGCUCUCUCUCAGAUUAGUGAGAUAUCCAUUGAAGCGCACUCAACGUUCUCCAUUGAAGCGAAGUUGGCGUUCUCCGUUGAAACUAGUUCUUGUAUCCCCCAUUGAAGCAGCUUCUGAGGGAUUGAGUUCAAUAUUUCUGGAAUUCACUGCCCUAAACCCUAGUAUAAAUUCGGAUUCGGAUAUGGAUAUGCCGUUAAAUCCGUGUACUACUAGUAUCUUACAUGACAAUACUGAUAGUAAAAGGCUACUACGAGUAGUUGAUAGGUUGAGCAAUAUACCUGAUGAAGUGUUGAUUCGGAUAAUGUCUUUGCUUCCGACUAAGGAUGUUGCUGCUACUUGUGUCUUGUCUAAGAAACUGAUGCGCGUCUUGUGUUUGAUCACCACCCUCGACAUAGACGAUUCACCUAUAUCUCACUGUGUGCAUUUUCCCAAUAAAAUCCACAAGUUUCCCUCUUUUGUGACCUUUGUCAAUAAUGUUCUCCAAGCACACCGAUCUCAAUAUCUCACCAGGUUUAGUCUUGGAGUGGGUUCAGACAUGCUCCGCAGAUAUAUUUAUAGGUGUACGAAGCAUUGUUUACCUGAUGUAAAACCCGUGCUCAUUUGUUCGUGGAUCUCUCUCCCCUUAACCUGUUGUGGCCUUAAGGAGCUCGACCUUUGCAUUCACGUGAGAGAACCAGAUGACGGUCAUCCGUUGCCCCCAGAGAUAUUCACUUGUCAAACAUUGGAGGUGUUGAAGCUUGAUGUCAAUCUCCCUGUUGAUCGAGUUUCCACCACUUUUCAUCUUCCACUAUUGAAACUGCUCCACCUCCGCGUGUCUCAUAUAUAUGGGGAUGGUAGCUUUGUGUCAAGCCUGGUUUCUUCUUGCCCCUUACUUGAAGACCUCAUGGUGGAAGCAUUGCUGGACCAUGUCCAAUCUAUUAUUAUCUCUUCACCUUCUCUUCGGAUUUUUUUGUUAAAAAUAUAUACUGUUGAGUGUGAUAACACUGACUUUUUGUGUCUUGAUACUCCUAAUUUGGAGUAUCUUCAUUACAAUUCUAAUUUAGCAGUACAGCAAUCUAUUACAAACAUGGAUCGUUUGAUUCAAGCAAGCAUUAAUAUUUGUGACUUGAUAAGGAGUGCACAUUCAUAUCAGGAUUGCCGUCAACAAAUACUAGGCAUCAUGAGGUGCUUGACCAAUGUUGACAAUUUGAAAUUGCUCGGGUCGUGCUUAAAGCCUUUCAACGUUGAUGGGUUGAAGGAUCAACUGCCCAUGUUUCGCAAUCUGAAAUAUUUAGAGCUGGGUAAUAGAGGAUACAACUGUUGGGAAAGGGUGCUGGAAGCAUUUCUUAUCUGUUCCCCCGUCUUAGAAACGCUUGUUUUUCCAGAGUUACUUAUAGAACGUGCUGCAGAGCAGAGGGUGCAUUUGGAACAACAGUUUUGCAAGAGAGGUCUAGCAAUCGUUCCUCCGUGCUGCAAGUUUCAUCUCAGAAGAAUCGUGAUUAAGAAUUUCUAUGGGAAUGAACGAGAAAUUGGUUUGAUCCAGUUUCUGCUGAAACAUGCAUUAGUUUUGGAGGAAUUGCUCAUAUCUCAAUUCGAGGGCCUUUAUCCACAUUUUCCAAUUGUAGAUAAGGUGGAACUCCAAAGGACAUUACAGAAUUUACCAAGGGCCUCACUCACCUGCUCAAUUCAAGUAUUGUGAUCUGAUCAUCAUCAUGCUCUCCAACAUUAAACUUCUUAAUUAUAUCGUCAACUUGUUAUUUAUCUUAAUUAUGUCCUUCCAUAAAACUUCUUUAUCUUCAGUUUCUGUUAAUUUCUGGUUUUAUUUCUAAAGUUUUUAUUUUGGAUCGGAUUAAUAAGUGUGUUUCUCUUCCCUUAGUUUUCUUGUGUGUGUAGUUUCAAGUCAGAUGACGAGAGGACCCCUGCGUAUUCUAUUGUUGAUGAGACAUUUCCUCCUUUGCUUUUUUUUUUUUUUUUUUUUUUUUU